GGAUCCCGGCCCCGGCAGCAGCGGGCCAGGCGCUGAGGUGAGCGGAGCUCGGGGGCUGCGAGCGGGCGAUUCCCGCAGGACGCGGCCCCUCCAUCCGCACGGGCCGGAGGUGCCCCAGGGCCCGGGCAGGGCUGGGCCCCGCGGGCAGCCCCGGGCAGCCGCGUCCCGGCAGCGGAGCGGCCCCGAGCCGGCUCCGGCCGAGCGGGGCCGCCGCUCCGGCAGCCGCUGCCCUCGGCGCCGCCGCUGACACCCUCCGUGCCUGCGCUGCCGGCAGCUGCCCCUGCACAGCCCUCGCCUCCCCGCUGCGCUCUGCCCUGCGCUCAGCCAGCCCGGCGGAGCCCGCACGGCCCCACCCAACCACCCCGAGAUGGCACAAGGCGGGCGCGACCCCCGGCCCGGGGACCUGAUCGAGAUCAAACGUCCACUGUACCAGCACUGGGCGAUCUACGUGGGGGAUGGCUAUGUCAUCCACGUGACAGAUGAAGGAGCCUCAUCCAUUACCCUUAGCAGCUCUUCCAUAUGCGCCACAAGGGCCAAGGUGAAGAAGGAGCUCCUGAUGGAAGUGGUGAAAAAUCACAAAUGGCAUGUCAACAACAAGUAUGACCGCUCCCGCACUCCUCGCCCCGUGGAGGAGAUCAUCCGGCGUGCUGAGCAAUGGGUUGGCAAGGAGGUGCCAUAUGAUGUGCUUAACAGAAACUGUGAGCACUUUGUGACAGAGCUCCGAUAUGGAGAAGCAGUCUCUCACCAGGCCAAAAAAGCUGUAGUUGGUGGUGCUUCAGCCAUCGUAGGAACUACUCUUCUUGGUGUUGCUGCUCUUGCUGGGAUUGCAUUGUCAGGGAGCAAAUCCAAGACAUAGUGCUACUGAUGGCUGUGAGACAGAGCUCAGAGCAAGGCAGGAGGAUCUUCUGGAAGCUGCGGUCACUGCUCAGCUCUUGCUACUCGUGCCAGCAAGGGUUUCUAGCAAAUGUGCCACCUUUUCUGUAAACAUCAAAUAAUCCUUAAUUAAAUGUCUGAAAUCCAAACUA